AUGGUGUCCACCAGCGCCGACUCCUACCACGCCGUGUUCUCCUCAGCUGCAGGGUCUCCCGCUGCUGACGCCGCCGCCUCACUGGUUUGUGCAAAAGAAUGGAUCGUCGGCGAUGAUAAGGGCUGGAGCUUGGGCGUCUCAGGUUGGGAGAAGGGAAAGAACUUCUCCUCUGGUGAUGUGCUUGUCUUCAACUAUGACCCAAAGAUGCACAACGUCCUUGAGGUGAGCACAGGAGAGUAUGAAUCAUGCAAAUUCAUCGGUGUCCCUUCUAGGAGAUACAACUCUGGCCACGACCGCAUCCAGCUUCUUGGCACCCUGGCCUCCUAUGUAUGCGAGACUCCGGGACACUGUGAUAGAGGCAUGAAGAUCCACAUCCCUAUUCAAAAUUAG